GGUGAACAAGCGCACUCAUCACCGUUCUCAGGCUUGCCUCCCACCGUCAUAGAGAUCCAGAUUUCCGCCCGCGAACUCUAUUCUGCGCGCACGACCAGGCUUCCAGUGGACCAUCAGGCGGUUCUCGUGCGUCUUCUAGGCACCUCGCGGGGGCAGCACGCGCGUGAGGGCGGUGAAAUACGUGGCACGGGAUAGGUCGUGGACCUGCACAUUGCCAGCCACACCCAUCAGCAUCAGCAGCAUGUCGUGGUUGGGAGACUUCGCGCCGGGCGCUGAGCCUCGGCAGCCGUACAGGGAGCCCGACGACACGCCCAAGGUCCCGGACCCGUCGAUACCCGGACGCAUGGUGUCGACGAAGAAAGCGAACCAGCCUUUUCUUGCAUACAAAGAAUAUCGCGACAAGCAACAAGCGGCGCAUGAGGCAUGGCUCGAGCGCAAGCAGGAGCGAGACGCCAAAAUCGCCCGCGGUGAGAAGGUAGGGCCCGAGGAGCCUGACCCGACGGUGCCACAGGAGAUUGGCGUGCUCGGUCUGUUACGUGGGCUCGUAUACGCACUCCUAUUGUUCCUCCUCGCGGGCAAGUUCUUCACCGGGAGCUUUGUCUGGGGAUACGAUGGGAAGUGGGUGCACCUGAAGACGUACACGCCGAAUUGGGGCGGCGAGCGUCUCUUCACGGACCGAAUGCUCGCGCAGUACGAUGGGAGCGUACCCGGACGCCCUGUCUACCUUGCUAUCGACGGGGAGGUCUAUGAUGUGAGCAAAGGGUCUGCAUACCGACCUGGCGGCUCCUACAGCUUCUUCGCUGGGAAGGACGCGGCGCGCGCGUUUGGGACGGGCUGCUUCAAGACACACCUCACGCAUGACCUACGCGGGCUGAGCGAGAGCGAGCUCAAGGGGAUACAGCAUUGGAAGGACUUCUACAAGGACCACAAGGACUACUGGAGAGUCGGGCGUGUUAUUCACGAGCCAAUCGACCCUAACACGCCGAUUCCGGAGCACUGUAAGGCUAAGAAGGCCGAGUCCGCCCCGAAAGACACGGGGGGCGACGAGUUCAAGAAGGACACCAGCGAGAGACAAGGGGCUCCGCCCAGAGAGUCCCGAAGGAAGGAAUCGAAGAAAGUGGAAGGGGAGUUGUGAUCGUGUCGUCUAUCUCGCUUUUGGACUUGGAUGCCGGGCUUGUUUCCAGUGUCACCGUCUGUUGGGUGGCAUACUGAAUGUACUUCGCGAAGCGCUCUGGGCUAUGUAUAGCAAUUGGACUUCGAGGGCGUCGAAGAAUGCGAUCAAGUACCUGACUUGUC